GAUCGGGCUGGGGUCUGGUAUCCAGAGUAAAAAACAACAUUAGGGGUAGGGCUGUGGUAAUUACAUAUAGCAAUUUUCUAUCUAAGUUGGCACUUACAGUUGCGCACCAUUCCCUUGUGUGCCGGUAUACUGGAUCGUUCCGGUCUUUUGAUACUCUGAGGUACAAGGAAGAUCUUGGAAGAUGUCUGAUCUGAAACUGAUUACAGUGGUAAUCUUGGCCUUUGCCUUGAUUGCUUCUGGUCAAAGAAGGCAGGUAGUGAAAGAUGCCGGCGCUUCGAAUGCUGAAGACAUGGACGAAGAAGCUCUGGAGAACUUCUUCAAGGAGCUGGAGAUGCUCAACAAGAUGUUCGACGAGAUGGUGUCAACUGAAGAAGACGACGGUCACACCUCCGAGACUACCUCGGGUGGAGAAGCAACGGAGGAAGAAACUGGGUCCCUAGGUACCUCUUUGGAUGGAGAGCAUGAUAAGUGUCGCAACCGUGAGAAGCACUCGAAGACUCUACGGCGUUUGAAAAGACUUCGACGGAGUCUGCUAAGCAAAGACGCGAUGAAAGAUUGGUUUUGCGACAAGCUGCUGGAGUCAUCUGAGGAAUAUAGCUCAUCUGAGGAAAGGCCCAGGGGAAAACGAGGGGUAAGGAACAAUCUCUGGCUAGCGUUCUGCUUUCCCGGUGGUCUACUUCCCGGUUCAGCCAGCUCUAGCUCUUCAUCCGAAGAAUGGCGCCCUCCAAAGCAUGGGUAAAGACUGCCUAUGUGGAUGACAUUACAAUUUGUUCAUCUAACCCGUGGGCUAUCUGAAGAUGGGUCUGAAGAGUGGUCAACUUAGUACACAUGUCCUAAAUGUGGAAAUAGCAUGAGUUAACUAGGAAAGGCAUGAGGUUUGUAUGGCCAUGUUGAUUUGAUUUAAAGUAUGGCAUCCAGCGAGCAUAAAUUUUCGGCUGUUCCCAAAACAAGGUUUUCAACCUUCACAAUUCUGUAUUUUAUACAAAUCAGCAAAAACAAAACAAAAAAGCAAAUAUAUGCAACAUUUUAUACAACACCAACGUCUAGUCCAAGUAAAAAAAAAUGUGAAAGAAAGGUUAAGAAUGUUUUGUUCAAUAUACAAUCCUCUGUUUGUUUGGUCCUACCUCCUUUCCGCUUAGAUUUCAUAAUAUAGGCAACUUUUUUGUUAUUUGUUAUAUUCGUAGUCUCGCAUCAGUUUUGGGGUUCCUAGUGAAUGUCAUACAUAUACUAGUAAUCAAAUCAAUUUGGACAAUGAGUAAAGAAACUGAAUGCUGACAUGUUUAGACGAUGACUGUCACUAGUGAAGGCUCUAAGUUCUUACGUUUCACGUGCACGAAUCAUCGUGAUAUAGAAAUGCUGGCAAAUGAGUAUAUCUAGAGAUACACCUAGUGAUAAACUUUUGACUCACUCAUAAUACGAUGUAACAAGUUCUGCAGCUUUGCAAGUAAAGAAUAUGACUACUCGCAAGUGUGCAACCAACGGCCUUGUAGUUAUCAGAAGUCAGAUGAGCAACAUUACGAAGGAAUGUAUCUUUAAUUGUUAAGAAGAUUUCCGAUAGUGCGGAGAUGAUUUGACAGGUAAUAUCACAAUAUCUGCAUGGAAGUCUUAUAUACACUCAAAAACGUAAAAUAUAAGCAUAAUUAGAUAGAGACGUAGCAUAAAACGACUUUGGAAACUACAUGCACAUUACAUUUUCCUAUGAAGAUGAUUUAGCUAUUGUCUUUACAACAAACAAUAAAGUACAAAUGCCAUUUUUCUGUU